AUGAUGAAGGGGAAAAAUGCAAGUUCUGAAGGCUACUUUAUUCUACUUGGUUUUUCACAUUGGCCUCAUCUGGAAGUAGUUCUCUUUGUGCUUAUCUUGAUGUUCUACUUGAUGACAUUGAUAGGCAACCUCUUUAUCAUUGUCUUGUCAUACCUGGAUGCCCAUCUCCACACUCCCAUGUACUUCUUCCUCUCAAACCUCUCUUUUCUGGAUCUCUGCUACACCACCAGCUCCAUCCCUCAGUUGCUGGUCAAUCUCUGGGGCCCAGAAAAGACCAUCUCUUAUGCCGGUUGCAUGAUUCAACUUUACUUUGCCCUUGCACUGGGAACCACAGAGUGUGUCCUCCUGGUGGUCAUGUCCUAUGACCGUUAUGCAGCUGUCUGUAGACCCUUACAUUACACCGUGCUCAUGAACCCUCGUUUCUGCCACCUGUUGGCUGUGGCUUCCUGGGUCAGUGGCUUUACCAACUCAGCACUUCAUUCCUCCUUUACCUUCUGGGUCCCCCUCUGUGGACAUCACCAAGUGGACCAUUUCUUCUGUGAAGUUCCAGCACUGCUGCGAUUAUCAUGUGUUGAUACCCUUGCUAAUGAACUGACCCUCCUGAUCACAAGCUCCAUUUUUGUUUUCAUACCACUCAUCCUGAUUCUCACCUCAUAUGUUACCAUUGCCCGUACUGUGCUGAGGUUGCAGUCAUCAACCAGACUUCAGAGACUCUUUGGAACAUGCGGAGCCCAUCUUAUGGUUGUGUCCCUCUUUUUCAUUCCAAUCUUGUGCAUAUAUCUGCAGCCACCAUCAGGAAGUUCUCAAGAACAAGGCAAGUUCAUUGCCCUUUUUUAUACUGUUGUCACACCUAGCCUCAACCCUCUAAUAUACACUCUCAGAAACAAAGAUGUAAGAGGGGCAUUAAGGAGACUAGUGGGACAGGAGAGGCCUGUGCACUCAUGA